AUGGCACCCCUCAACUAUCUUCGAUCAACCAUUCGAGCGAAUAUAGAAUUAAAUUCAGCCGUCAGCGUCAGCGUUAGUGUUAGUGCCACUACCUCACAGGAAGUGCAAUACCAAAGACCAUAUAUAGAUCAGAGUCAAAUCAAUGAUAACUCCAAACGUCAAAUAACUUUAGACGUAUCCACACCUACACGUACCUCCGCCACAAACGCCAACACGACCCGACGAACUGCUAAUCCCACCCUCAAUGACCUAUCACCUGAACCCACUACCACUCGCGCAGCUGCAGCAGCUACUGCACCGUCAAUCAGAACUACGAGAUCUGCCAAUCCCACCAUUGUCGGAAAUCUCGAAAUCGGCAGUAGCAGUGAUACCAGAACUGCAAAUGAUGAUGCAGCAACUUCAACCGAAGGUGAUGCAAACUCCUCAUCCACAUCCACAUCAUUUACUCGAACAACCACUAUCCACUCUUCUUCUUCUUCUUCCGACAAAUCAGCCUCAUCGUCCUCAGUAUCUAAAUCAGGCACAAACAGUUCAAAAGAAAGUGAAAGUGAAAGUUCGAUCCUUUCUUCGGCAGUGGCCACCACAAACUUAUCGUGGUGGCAGCUAUUAGCUUUGAUCAUCUGCGGUAUAUUAGCGUUGUCCGUGGGAAGUUGGUUGUUCUUCAGACAUCAGCAGAGAAGGAGGAAUGAGAGACAGCAGAAAAAAAAGGAAGAGAUGGAGAAUGAGAUAAAGAGAAAAAAAGAGAUGAAAGAUGAUCAACGUUUCAAAGCAUUGGCUUUUGGACAUAACUCUCGAAGAGGGAGAGGAAGGGGGAGAUAUGAUAGUGAUAGUGAUGCGUAUGAGGAUUAUUGGACAGAGGAGUAUAGUGAUGAAGGUACGAUUCGACCUUCUCGUCGACGUAGAAGACGUGGAGAUCCUCCUCGUCGAUAUCGUCGUGAUGAUAGAAGGAGAAGGAGAGAUGAGUAUAGUGAUGAUGAUGAGACAUAUAGUAGAAGUAUUGAACCGAAAUCUGCAUUUUCUUUCCGACCCAGUCCAUCUACCCCAUCCGGAACAGGUCAAGGUUUGAAAUCAGCUUUGACUAAGAAAAAGGGGUUUAGAGAUUCGGUAUUUUCAACAUAUACGAGCAUGAAGAAAGCUGCUAUCAAACAUAAAUACGUAGAGGCGAAAAUCAAAUUGGAUGAACAAUUGAAACAGGAAGAGGAGUUGGAGAAUCAGAGGAAGAUGAAAGUUUUACAGGCUAAUAGGGAGAUUGAAGAGUUCAAUAGAGCGGAGAUGCAAAGGAAAGCCACUAUGGAAUUAGCAAAUGAGGGGAGUGGGAAUAGGGCGGGAAUAGGAGCACAUAAUGAUAUCCCGAGGCCACUUCAUGGACAACAGCAACAGCCACAAUGGGGAUUUGCGAAUGGUACUCGAAAUGAUAAUGAUUGGAAUGGAAAUGGGAGUGCCAAUGGAAAUAUCAAUGGGAUCAACGGGAAUGAUCAGAAAUGGUCGAGUAGGAAUGGUGAACCCAGUCGAGGUAAACUCUUAAUCCCACCGGUCCCCCGUCGACCAUCCAAGACACACUCAACUCAUGAGAUACCCACAGCUGCAUUACUCCCCUAUCAAUCUUCCCCAAAGAGAGAAAGGAGCCAUUCGUUAGAUGGCGAAAUAUCCAAUUUACUCGGUAAAUCUUCUUCUUCCUCUUCUUCGAUUGAUCGACCUAAGCCCAGUAGACAAGAUGCCAGUAGAGACGAUAAAAGAAAGGGAGUUUUGAAGAAGCCUUCAACCGAGGUUGAGAUUGCACGACCAAAACCAACUUAUCAACCUUCCAUAUCUUCUUCAGCUUCAUCGGGAUUCAGCAGUUUGAGGGAGGGUAGUGAGCGACCGAUAACGAAAAAGGGAUAUACAAAUCCUUUUCAAAUUGAUUGGUUGAACCAACCAUCUACUGCUGUUUCGUCACCUAUUGAAGUAGAAGAAGCUCCCUCGAUUUCUCCCAGGUAUCAACCUCGAGAGGAUGUAAGUGUUGGUAUGAGACAUCCUUAUGAGAGACCGGUUUUGCCGAGACAGAGACAGGGAGCAGAUGCAACUGCUGGAGCAGUCAGUCUGAGAGGUAAGGGAAGUGUAGGAUUUGGUCUAGGCGAGGACGAUAUGGGUAUGAGCACGAGCGAUGCAAAGGGAGAUGGUAAGAAAUGGGCCAAUAGGUUGAGAGAGAGAAGGUAA